AUAUAUCCACUUUCCUUGAAGAAAGCCUCCCCAGUACCCUCCCUAGAGAGAGAGAGAGAGAGAGAGAGAGAGAGAGAGAGAGAGAGAGAGAGAGAGAGAGAGAGAGAGAGAGAGAGAGAGAGAGAGAGAGAGGAUCGACAG